AUAGCCGAGGCAGACGAAGGCUGGACUCGGUGCUGAGCGGUCGUGUGGCGUGAGUUCCCCUGUGUCCCCUACGCUCCUCCUAAUUUUGUUUUCUCACAUCACCGAAGCUUUCGCAGCUUCUAAACCUCCCACAUCUUUUUUAAAAGAAGCAAAUUAAGUUAAUCAACAGUAUCUUAUGGUAUGGAACGGCCAAGAAGCGCCAGAGAUCGUUCUUGGAAAAAUAGAAAUUACGUGAAUGUAGUUUUUUAGAUGUUAGAAAACGAGAUGAAAUAUUAGAAGCGCCACUGCGCAAAACAUUAACAAAAACAAAAAAAAGAACAGUGUGUGUGUGUGUGUAUUAUGUAGAAAGGCGAGCUGUGAUAACUUUGUCAUCUGAAGGGAUAUACUACUUCUAGUUAUUCUUGUGGAACUAAAUAUUUUUAAUUCUUUUAAAAGCGACAGAUCUUAGUGUGUGUGAAGUUUAAACAUUUUUGUCGGAGUCGUUUGCGAAAGCUGUGCUUCUCGCUCUCUCUCUCUCUUUCUCUCUCCAAGGUCCAUCCCGCCCCCACCACCAUUACGAGGAGAUGAGGUUAAUGAAUUGGAAAAGGAUUAGUGAAGGACGUAUCUCUCGGGCCUGAUAGGACUCUCGUCACUGGGAUUUCACAAACAGGAUAAAGCUGCUAUCCUGCCAUCCUGCACUCCUGACAUAAGGAUUCCCCAGCCUCCUCUUUCUUUCAGUCGAGGUUUGUGCGCAGCUAUAUGUCCUAAGUGGAGAGUCUGAAGGAGGAACUUCUUCUUCUUCUUCUUCUUCUUCACUCUCGCUGGUGCAGUGGGGUAGACGCCGCCAGUGCUUGAACUUGAUCGAGGCCUAAGACCAAAACCGGGACCCUUUCAUGGUAUCCGCCAAGACGAUGGGGACAGUUACCAUACCAGGAUCCUAACGUGACCCAAUGUGACCCCCUUUGGCCCACAAGGCACCAUGUACAGCGGCCAGAUGAUGAGCUUCUCCCCUCUAGCCGCCAACACCACGUACCUGGAUGCGGUCUUGGGCGGCUCCGACCGGCGGGGCUUGCUGGACCUGCCAGACCACACGUCGUCGGAUUUCGACGGCCAGAGCCCUCCUCAAUACCUGUCGACGGAGACGCAGCAGCAGCACCAGCAGCAACAACAAGAGCUGCUGAGCGACUACCAGCCGAUGGACCUGGACGACGCCGCCAUGCUCCUCAACGACACCAACGGCACCAACUUCACCUCCUACAUCCCGGAGGGCCUCAAGUACAUCAACAGGACUCAGCUGAUCGCCUACUCCCUGCUGUUCCCCUUCGCCGCCGUCGGCAACCUGGUGGUGUUCGUCGCCCUCUUCAGGAACCGCCACCGGAAGUCUCGGGUCAACAUGAUGAUCAUGCACCUGUCCCUGGCCGACAUGAUCGUCACCUUCGUCUUCCUCCCGACGGAGAUCACGUGGCACAUCACCAUCGAGUGGGUCUUCGGCAACGUCGGCUGCAAGGUCUACAAGUUCCUGUCGGCUUUCGGCUUCUACAUGUCGUCCAUGGUGCUCGUCUGCAUCUCCCUGGACCGCUACUUCGCCGUCCUCCACCCGCUCAAGGUCAACGACGCCCAGAGGCGUGGCAAAAUCAUGCUCUUCUUCGCCUGGGCCAUCUCCUCCGUCAUCUCCCUUCCCCAGACGGUGAUCUUCAACGUGCAGCUGCAUCCGUCGAUCCCGGACUUCUACCAGUGCGUCACCUUCGGCUUCUUCGACAGCAACAACGGCGGAGAGAUGAUGUACACCGUCUUCUGCAUCUCCUUCCUCUACUUCAUCCCGCUGACCAUCAUCAUCAUCGCCUACACACGCAUCAUCCUCGAGAUCACCAGGAAGAGUCGCGACACUAAACCAGAGGACUAUUCGAGAGAGGAGAGGUACCACGGGCGCCUUCACCUCCGGCGGAGCAAUAUGUCGAACAUCGAAAGGGCAAGGACGAGAACCCUUAGGAUGACCUUCAUCAUCGUCAUGGCCUUCAUCUGGUGCUGGACGCCCUAUGCCCUGGGCACUCUGUGGAACUUCAUAGACCCAGAGACCUUCCACAGCAUGAACCAGCAGGUGCAAGACAUCUUGUUCAUCAUUGCCGUCAGCAACUCUGUUGUGAACCCGAUCAUAUACGGACGGUACUCCAUCAGCUGCUGCCGGGGCCUCUGGUACAAGGCGGGUGACUUCUGUUGCUGCUGCUGCUUCUGCUGCUGCCCCCACCAGAGGAGGAGGAUGGCAACCGACCAUCCUCCCAACAUCAACUCCUCCAAGAGCAACGGCCACUUCAACGUUGCUUCAGGCAAUACCAGGAGCACCAUCUACAAUAACUCAGCCAGAGACAAAAUGGUGGUUGGUGUACGUUUGCAGGUCAAAGUUCGCACCCUUCUGCGGGAGUGGAAUCGGACUUCGCAGAGACAGAGCCGGUCGGGAAAGGACGCUGAGUUGGCCUCCAUGGUGCCCUUGGGAGUGCCCGCCAUCCUUCCCUCCAGCGCGGUCAUGAACGGCGCCCAGACGCCCACUCAGCCCUUCCACACAACGCGCUUUUCCUCGAGGUCCUACCCCGUGGAGCCCCUGAUGCAGGAGAAGGACGACUCCUCCGGGUACAGCUCCUCCCACGCCCACUCCUUCAGGAGUUACCACGACCUCUCCGUGAACGAGAAGCCUUUGAGAGCGCACGUGUGGGAGAACCAUCACUCGUGCUAACUUCUGCGACAGCGAAUCCGUUCUGUCUGUCUGUCUGUCUGUGCUCAACACUUUGUGAAUGAAAGAGUGACAUUGCGAGCCCCCAAUGGCAAGUAACUGUGAGCUUUGAGUUCUGACAAAACUGGAGUAUAUACUCGACGGGAAAUUAGGGUCCAGUUAAGUUAAGCUUUAGCGUAUUUGUUCCGUCUUUUUCUUUCAUCGGUAAGGAUUAGAAUAGCCUACACUUCAUUGCUCCAGUCGUCAUGAUCUAUCAUACCAGAAAAUAUGAGUGAAAUAAGUUACAGUACAUUCAAGCUAACCAUGAAACUGGUUGGGAAAAACAACUGUGAGGAAAUUAGAACAUUGUUUAGCUCGUUUCGUUGAGUUUUAAGCCUCUGUAUUUUUUUUUUCUCGGCUGUCAGUAGGUUUAGAACUUUGUUGAAAAACUGGUUCUUGGGACGUGAUCUUUGUUAAAAAAGAAAAAAACUGGUUCUUGGGUAGACAGUGUGGACUGCCAGUGGGGAAAAGGAAGGAUUUCAAGCUCAGUGUAACAUAUUUAUUCAAAAACAAAAUGUACAAUGAAGUGUCGUUUGUCAAAAAUGAAUGAUUGUUAUUCCUUAUAGUCUUGUCUAAAUGGUUUAUGAGUCUGCUUCGUCAUCUGUCGAGGGUUCGUUCCGCGGGAAAUGAAUCACCACCCCUUCCCAGCUAUCACGUUCAUGAAGUGGAUUAUGUUGAGGAACUUUGAGGAGGAAAGAUUGCCCGAAGAAAUUCCAUACAACGAACACUGACAUCUUUCGGACGCUCUGCUUUGUACGCUGCUCUUACCAGUCGCUCACUCAUCUUCCUGGACGGUCUGGCAUCCUGGAUGCGCUACUUGGGGCAAAUCGCUUCUUAUCACUGAGCUGAACGGAUUCCAGUGAGACGGAGGCUGAGGAAGUCCAAAACCUUUCUUUGGAUCCAGCAUAAGAACCGGUCCGUUCAGCAUGUUGCUUCUGAAGAAGAAGAAGAAGAAGAAGAAAAAAACAUAGUCUUAGAAACUUGCUAUUUCUUAUAUCAUAUGUGAGCGAUAUCUUUCCGUCGGUCAGAAGUCUGAUUCUUUUUAACCAAAUGAUAUAUUAUUGACAGUCGUGUUUGGUACAGUUCAUAUCAUAUUUAUCAUUCUUAUAUGAAAAAACUCAUGUAUAUUCCUGACAGUUCUGUUUGAAAAUAUCAUAGCAUAUUCUUGAUGAUUCUUUUAAAGAAAAAAAAAAGCACAUUUGGAAAAGCUCAGAGCACAUUCUCGAUAGGUCAGGUCCGGAAGAAAAAAUAAAUCGUAGUAUAACGCUUAUAAUCUUGUCUUGGAAAGGAACCCAUGGCAUAUUCUUGACAAUUUUGUUUAAUAAAAAGAUAUAUCAUAUUCUUGACAGUCCAGUUUGGAGAAGCAGUUGAUAAGAGGAGCAAUGUGCAGGAUUUGUUAAGUAUCAUACAAAUGUCUUUAUCGCUGUUAUGUCUGUUUUUCAGCUGUGCUGUUGUGCGUGUACAAGUGAUGUACUGUAAUCUCUGUGUGUGGGUUUUAUCAAUCUUGACAAUCACUCCAACAAAACCAUCAGUAUUUCUCCUUCCCCUCUCAGAGACGACCGGGUCACUGAUUCACGGCGAAGAAACAAAUGUUUUUAGUGAAAUGUGAUAUGACGUUAGAUGUUCUGAAUGAGAUGUAUAUUAUAUUUACCCGUGUAUGGUCAUUGUGUGCGCCUGACAAGUGUUGACUUGAAGAGAACAUUUGUAACUAUGUUUUUAAGAGGAUUUAUUUCAGGAGGUGACACUCCAGACUCCAAAAGCUCAACUUGUGUAAGUGUACAUGUGUGCAUGAAGGUGCUGAAGUGUGUGUGUGUGUCAUCAUUUCGUCUGUGUACACUCCUGUGCUACUGACGGAAGAAUAUUUUUGUAAAAUAUCAAAUUAUGGACCAGAAGCCUAUUAAUAUACUCCUUGUAGCGUACAAUAAAGAUUGGAA